GGUAUUAUGGCGCUGGAGAUCGGAACAGGGAAUCUCCCAAAGCUUUCAUCCAUGUGUCGCAGCCUAGACCUCCAUGACCGACAUGCAGAUCCUUCAUUCCUUCUUUCUCUUCACUCCCAUCACUCUCUCUUCAGCUUCUACACUCCUGUUCUUAUCCUCUUUCGCCCACCCCCUGAACACAUACCUGCAUCUCCGUAUUUCUCUGUUGUUUACAGAGCUGCGAGUUAAUGGAUUUGAUGAACUAUUUCAUCAACCUCGUGGCGCCGCCGGCAAGCAUGUUGAUGAUGGCAUUUGCGUGGCCGACGCUCGCCGUGCUCCGCGCAGCAGAGUGGAUUUACCGCACUAUAAAUAGCGAGAACAUGGAGGGCAAAGUGGUCGUUAUCACCGGAGCCUCUUCAGCCAUGGGAGAGAAAAUAACUUACCAAUAUGCUAUAAAAAAGGCAAAUUUGGUGCUGGUUGCAAAACGAGAGCAAAGGCUAUGGGGGAUUAGAGAAAAUGCCAGACUCUUGGGUGCAAAUCUUGUUGUUGUAAUUGCUGCUGAUGUAGUCAAGGAUGAGGAAUGCAGACGAUUCAUCAACGACACUAUAAAUUACUUUGGUCGGCUGGAUCAUCUUGUUAACACCACCAACUUGGGACACUCCUUUUACUUUGAGGAUGCCCUUGAUACUUCAAUGUUCCCACAUUUAUUGGAUAUAAACUUUUGGGGCAGUGUGUAUCCUACAUAUUUUGCCCUGCCUUACUUGAGAGAAAGUCAUGGAAGGAUAAUUGUCAAUGCCUCAGUGGAAAGUUGGGUGGCAAUGCCAAGAAUGAGCCUAUAUGCUGCAGCGAAGGCAGCAGUAAUAAACUUUUAUGAGACAUUAAGGCUUGAGUUGAAGGAUGAUGUUGGAAUCACCAUUGCAACGCAUGGUUGGAUCUGUAGAGAAAUGAACCAAACCAAGUUUAUGUUCGAGGAAGGCGCAGACAUGCAGUGGAAGGAAGAUAGAGAGCUGCCAAUUUAUGGAGCCCAUGUGGAAGAAUUUGCAAAGAUGAUUGUUGAUGGGGCCUGCAGAGGUGAAGCAUAUGUGAAGUACCCAACCUGGUCUGAUGCUUUGUUUCUGUACAAAGUGCUCACUCCUGAUGUUCUUCGCUGGACCUUUCGCUUGCUAUUCGCCGGCAGAAGCGGCCGGAAAGGUUAUAUCUCAGGCAACAAUGGAGCUAGUCGGCCGCUCCUCGAAGCUCCGCUUGCCCGGAAGGACACUCCUCCACCGUCAGCUCCGGCUUCGCCGAAUCGCCGAUGAGAGGUCAAAUAAAGGUUUGAUUCUCUGAUUGAAUUGCUCUGCUGAGCAAUUCUUUGGUUUAUCUGUAGCAGAUGGUGGUCUGGUUGAUAUGGACCUUUUCAAGUUAGGUUGAACCACAUCUAUGGCUUAAUAAAACUCAUUAGAUAUAUGUAUAUAUAUAUAGAGAUUGGGGAUAUAUGAGGGAUUGUAGAGCUAAUGCUUUGGGUAUAAAUGUUGUGAUUAUUUGUGUUAUCUGCUGCCUUUGUUCUUCCUAGUGAUGAGUUGCUGAUAGGCUAACAUUUCACGAUAAACAGUCAUGUGGUG